AAGAAAAGCGGCACUCAGCGUUCUACGUUCGCUGGAGAGGCAUACGCUGUGAAACUCGAUCAUGGCUGAAGAAUCGGCAAUGUCCACGGCAGAAAGCGGAGUGGAGCCGCCACCCGGAGCUGCAGGGGGCGGAGUACAGGCGGAGAUGAUCACAAAAAAGCUCGCCAAUUACUGGUGCAUAAUCGGGUCAAUUCCAAUGAUCCUGUUCCUGCUCGUCGCCCUCCCCACUAUCCUCUACGUGAAAAAGUUUUCUGAGUACGUGAACGCCGAAUACUGUGGCACGAAGUCGUGCAAGGAUCUCGCUGACGUCAUUGCGAAGAUGGGCAGCACGGAAGACGCCUGCACCAGCUUCAGCAAGCACGUGUGCAAAGCAAAGGCCGACUAUGCCUUGGAUACUCUGAACAAGAUCCACUCGGACAUUGCAAAGUUUACACCCAAGGAGGACGACCCGGGCCUUAAAACAUUUGCCAGAGCAAAGGCCUUCCUCCUAGCCUGUCCCGAGGCUCCAGCCGAAUUUCCACAGGGAAGUGACGGCAAGCCCAUACCCCCUCUCCCAAGCUAUCCUGAAGGGCUGGACUAUGAAGGUAAACAGAGUGCCGCGGAUUUGGCCGCCAAUGCAAGCCUCUAUGGCAUAGACAGCCUGAUGCGAAACGUCCUCUGCGUCGUCAACUACACCGACGGCACACCGGACAGCGACGUCUCGGGAGACAACCUUAUUGAGUUGAGCGCUCCCAUUCAAGACCUCUACCCCCGCAUGCUACUGAACAUGGCGGGCAAGACCUACAAAGAUGUGGCGCUGUUUCUCCAGCCGCCCGAAGACAAUGAAGAUAUCGUGGCUAAAAUUGACCCGUUUCGAAAAAAGCUCGAUGCGUUUAUUCUGUCCAAGACCAGGACCGCGAAACAGAACAUGCCAAUCGUGCUGCAUAUGGAUGAUUUGACAGGAACUUUUUCGCCACAUUGGAACUGGAACGACUACUUUAUUCUACUCCAACGUAUCAUCCGAAAGAAAAUGAUGGUCCGUCUGCUGCAUCCCGAGUACAUUCUUGGACUGGGCACGUUCCUCGAGGAAGAAACCGCGAAGGAGCCUUACACGCCAGUGCUGGUGAACUUGAUGCAGCAAAUAGACGCGUACCUUGCCGUUUUCGGUCACCUGGCCAUCGGCGGUUUCCCGGCAGCCAAAAAGAAGGCUGCGUGCGUCAUGCUGACCGAGCGCAUGUUUCCAGGAGCGCUCGACCAUGGACUGUUCUACCAACGCGCGGCACAAUUCGGGGCGCCUAAUGGCAUCAAUCCUGGAGGCACCAGCGUCCCGGCGAUGAGCACUUUCUUGGACUCGGAGGUGCGCCGGAUGCUCGACUCAAUGACUUUCUCGUACGCACUGUCCAUCAGCUCUACCGAGGAGAACAGGGUGGCCUUCUACCGACAGGUGAAAGACAUGAUUGUUGCACCUGGCUUCUUUAACGACACCAAAGGGCUCUUUGACACAACGAUGACAGCACUUGCACUCAAUGUUACCCAAAACCUGGAUGACGUGGAUUCAUUUGAAUGGGCCACUACAGCGAGAUAUGGCUUUUUUAUACAGUACUGGGUCUUUUCGAGCAAAGGCUUGCCCAAUUCACAUUUCAGGAACCCGUUCGACGCUCUGUACGCCACUUACCUUCCAACUGAAAAUUUUCUGUAUGUUCCGAUGGGUGUGUUUACCGCGCCCGUCUACCGCAACAGCCAGAAGAAUCGCAUAUUCGCUGCGACGUCUGCCUACCUCGUGAUGACCGGAGUUAUGCGAGCUUUGACACUGGCCGGGUCCAUGGUAGUCAAGAACCAGUUAAGUCCCGAGAACUGGGUCGGCUACUCGUGGACGAGGAAAAUGGUGAAGUACGCUGACUGUCUACUGGCUGACCGUAAGGACAACAAUACCAUCGACACCUUCGCGGACGUGUACAUGGUCGGAGCUGUUACCCCGGCGCUACGGUACUUCAAGAAGCAGGUGUUACAGAAGGCCUUUCCACGUCCGGAGUUCCGCAUCGACUGGGUCAGCCAUCUUAGCUCCACACAACUUUUCUUCUACAACUGGGCCCUGCUUCACUGCGGGUCCCCAGCAGGCCAAGAACUGAUAGACAUGGCUGCCAGGAACAACCCCUACUUCGCCCAAAGCUUCGGAUGCGAGAAAGGAAGCAAAAUGAUCAAGCUGGAUCCCUGCUUUCUCUGGAAUACAACUCGGCGACACUACUGAGCUGCUACAUUUGACAAUAAAAGCCUGUCUU